GACAUGUGACGACCUUCAUUCGCGUUGGCUUGUAACGCGUGUCAGACAUCUAGUUUAUAGAUUUAAAAUAGGCUUCAAAUCCAACCGGAAGUGAUUGAUAUUUCGGUGUCGGAGAACGCUACCGGUCAGGGCAAGAUGGCGUCCCAACAGCAACAGCCCGGUGUUCCAAGCUUACAACAACAACAAGCCGUUGCUCUGCAGCAACAGCAACAACAGCAGUUGACUCAACAGCAAGACUUUGACCCGGUCCAUCGAUUCAAAAUGCUAAUUCCACAGUUGAAAGAAAGUCUACAGAACCUCAUGAAAAUCGCGUCGCUCAACUUGGCCCACAACACAAACAUUGACAACGGAGUUAAAAGCAGCGACACUGCAGUCCAGCGUUUUGACAAAAGCCUCGAAGAGUUCUACGCCCUUUGUGAUCAGUUGGAACUGUGUUUGCGGCUGGCAUACGAGUGCCUCUCGCAGAGCAUCGACAGCGCCAAACAUUCGCCAAACCUGGUUCCCACAGCUGCCUCCAAACCAGACACGGUGCAGACGGAGUCCAUGUCCUACGCCCAGUACCUCGGCAUGAUCAAGUCCCAAAUUUCAUGCGCGAAGGACAUCCAUAAUGCUCUGCUGGAGUGUUCAAAAAAGAUCGCUGGAAAGGGACAACCUCCAGGAAUCAUGUAGAUCUCCUUGCAAUUGACUUUUGAAUGCCAUGUAUUGUUGAAUUGAUUGCAGUUUUUUUUUGGUCAAUGUCUGCCCAAUUAAUGCUUUUGGUCAUUUGUUUACACGCAUUUUUCUGAAUUUUGGGGAUGGUAGAGGAAUCCAUUAAAUGUUUUUUGCUGAAGGAUUAAAAA